AUGUACCGCUUUCUUACUCUUCUCCAUCGCACUGCGUCUUCGUUGUACGACAUGGCAUGGUCAUGGUUCUCCAUCUCAAAGAAGUCAAAAAAUGCACAAUCUGCGCUUGACGGAAACGAUAGUGCCUUUCUACCGUCGAAUCUGUUUGCUCUCAUAAUUGGAAUCGACCAGUACAAAUGCCUCACCCACUUGCGUGGUGCCGUCGCUGAUGCAAACGAUGCUCGGGACUUUCUUGCGAAACUUGGGGUUCCUCACGAACAUAUUUGUUUCCUUCCGGAUGCAAAAGCAACUCGGAGGGCCAUCUUGAAGGCACUCAGAUCUCUUGCGAAGAACAAAGACAUCCAGAAGAAUGACCCUAUUCUUUUCUUUUUCGCUGGACAUGGGAUGACAGCAUUACCUCCUCCGGAACGGAACACGGGGAGAAAAAUCGAGUCGCUUUGCCCGUAUGAUUUCCAUUUCAAGCAGAACAACGACACGGAAAGUCAAGGGAUUUCGGACUGGACCUUAGCUGACCUGAUCAAUGAUAUUGCUCGUGUUAAAGGCAAUAACAUAACCAUUAUUUUGGAUUGCUGCUAUUCCGGUGGGGGAACUCGGCACGGACAAGAGUAUUCCUCAAUCCGUGGUGUUCAUGUCGCCCAGGAUUAUGUCAUCCACCCUGGUUCCCUACCCCCUCAGCAGGACGGAGUUGAGCUCGACGUUGCUGGAACGGAGCCUAAUAGCAUUCUCCGUACCCACCAUAAAGACUACGAUCCCAAGUAUUCAGGGUUUGGGUCUUGCACCGUUUUAACAGCUAGCGGAGCCUCUGAGAUCAGCCGGGAGGAGAACGGACGCGGAGUGUUUUCGAAAGCUCUCUUCGAAGCUCUCUUCAAAGCAGUAGAAGCUGAUAACGUGAACAGACUCACGUAUAAAAAUCUCAUACGUGAAAUGUCCCAUAUCGGCGGACAGACCCCUCAGUGUAUGGGCGCCCACCAGAACAGAAUCAUAUUCAGUCUCAGAACCCUCAAUUCUUCCAUACUUUUCGAGGUCACGACGUCAGAACACGACGGGAUAUUUCACCUGAAUGCUGGCGAGGCUUCUGGAAUCAAUACCACUGCUCGCUUCCAUGUCUACGGCAGCAAAAGUAUCGAAACACAACUUCUUGCCAUCCUCACCGUCAUAAAAACCACCCACGACUCCGCUGACUUGAAGCCCACAGACGGCUAUUCGGAUUUCCACCUCCCUCCGUCUGGAGUGGCCUAUGCUCGGCAAAUUCACGGACAAGGUUCGGCGGAGAGCUUGAAGCUAGUUAUUCCUCCAGGGAAGCCUCUCCUGACCAGAGUCAGCGCUCUAGUCAACGAUGCGCAUUCGAAUGGGAGGCUCAGGGUCCUUCCUGAUAUGAGGUUGGUGAUGGAUGGAGACGAUACGGUUGCCUUCGAGAUCAAGAACUCCAUCUGGAGCGAGAAUAUGAAAACCCUGUACUACAAGAUCCAGCGAUGCACCUCCGACAUCCACCCCAGAAAAACCUCUGCACGGCUGCAAUACCGAGUCCGCUGCCGCAACACCUCUGAAACCUCCAAAUGUGAUGACGACACGUUCGACGACGUAUUUGACGACGAAGACUCUGCCAACAUCCGCUUCGCCGACAGAGUAUUUGGUGUCAUUUCGAGCGCGGCAAACUUUUAUUUCCACCUCUCUCACGAACCAACCCACUUUGAUCAAUCCAUGUCAGCAUCUGUUCGACUGGAGUGCUUCGAUCUUGAUGAAGAGCCGGACGGGCCCAGUCUCAGGAGAUUCUCGCGAGAGAAGGAACCAAAAACCAAUCUUAUCAAGAACCGCAAAUUGAACGUAUCCGUUGCGAAAAAGCACGCACUCGGGUUCAAGAUCGUCAACGGGACCGAUAUUCCACUCUACGUUGCCUUGUUCUACUUCGACAUGAGCAAUCUCAGCAUUCUAUCAUACUACCAUCCAAAUUCGACUUCGGAUUCGAUAAACCAUCACCCAGACCACUCAAUUAAAGCCGGUAAAGAGCUCACCAUUGGCUACGGCGCUGGAGACGGCCGUCCUCGUCGAUACGCUCUGCGGGCAGGCCAGGCCCAGGAAGUCGCAUUCUUGAAGCUGUUUUAUUCUUCGACAUACGUUGGAUCUUUUGCGGACAUUGCACAAACGUCACCUUUUAAUAAGGAUGCUCGCGUCGGAAGGACCAUUCCUGCGAAGGAUAUGGUAAUAAGUACAUGGCAGACACAUACCAUACGUUUCGUUCAGACGAUGUGA